AUGCACUGUUUGAAAAUAUUACGGGUGACCAACGCAGCAGCUGUUGAAACCUUAAAAGACACGACUAAAAUAGGUUUCAAAAAGGUUUGCUAUAAGGGUUUAUUACCGUGGUUGUCGUCCUAAUGUGAAAGUUCAACCGGCACAAUGUUUCAACUCAAGCUCAACAGAUCUUCACCGCAUCGGAACAACCUUAGACAUGGACCAAGUGUUUUCCAAACUGUGAGUUUGUGUUUUUAUUGGUCCAGUUCAGACAGUUCAUUUGUGUAAUGUAUUGAUUGCCAGAUAUUAGUUUACUGUGUGUGGGAAUCACAUAUAGGCCUAUGUUAUUGUAUCUCCAAAACAAUGCUUUCUCCUCAAUCAUCCAUUACUCUAUACAUAGCCAUUCAAGUUGUGUAUGUCUGUGUUGUUUGAAGCUGACAACUUUCCUCUUCACUGUAUGUAUAUGUAGGAGCAAUGGGAAGGGUCUCUUCUCAGAGGUAGAAGAUAUGCUCUUCUACACCAUCACGGAGGGUCAGGAACAAGUCCCCGUCUCACACUUUAUCUCUGUGAGUAAGUACACACAUCAGCUAACCUAUACAGGAAAGAAGACUAGGUUGUAAAUUAAAAAGGUUACUCUUGUCACACAACCCUCCUUGACAACAAACUCUCUCUCGAUGUAGACAUACAGCCACAAACACAAAAGCACAAUCUCUCUCUCUCUCGCUCCCUCCCUCCCUCCCUGCCAAUGUAUACUGUGUCACAAGAAACAGUAGGCAACAAUUGAGUGAAUAGAAACAAUAAGGUGUAUCAUGGAACAGUAGGCUAUUUCAUUAUGUUAUUUGAAUUAAAUAGUCUCCAUGUCUCCAGGCCUGAUGAAGGACUGGAUGGAAUGGGUCUGGUGAAGAUCACAACACAUCAGUCUAAAGAUUACCCUGCAGAGAGAGACUAGAUUAGGUUGUAUCAUCAUGCAACAAUAACAUGGGUGUUUUGUCUUCCAACAUGUAAUGAAAUUACCCCAAAAUAACUAACUUGUUAAAUGAAAUAAUCAAUUGUAGAAGAUGUUAAUGAUAGUCAAAGCUCUGAUUUGAUCUGUGUUUCAUAUUGCACCAGCACUACUGCACUGUUUGAAUCCAAACACUUGCAACAAGUGACUGAAAGCGUACCCAAACAAGCUUCAGUCCAGCUUGGACAAUAAAAGGGACUCAGGUGCUCAACUUGCAACAAGAUGCAUGUAUGUCAGUGGGCCUCAAGAUGAGUUCAAGUUAGUUCAUAUAAAGUUAGUUCACAUCCAAGUGCCUCGCGUAACAGUACUAAUUACUGUGUGAGGUGUGGACUCAACAUUUGUAUUUGUAUUUAUUAAGGAUCCCCAUUAACUCUUCCUUGGGUCCUGCAACAUUAAGGCAGUUAUAUACAAUUUAAAAUAUUACAUGACAUUAUUUCAUAACACUUUACCCAAUACAUUUAGUGUGUUCCCUCAGGCCACUACUCCACUAUCACAUAUUUACAAUACAACAUCCAUGUGUACGUGUGUGUAGAGUGAGUAUCUAUAUGUAUGUGUGUAUGUGCCUGUGUGUGUGUGUCUCUUCACAGUCCCCGCUGUUCCACAAGGUGUAUUUUUACCAGUUUUUUAAAAAUCUGAUCAGUUACCUGAUGUGGAAUAGAGUUCCAUGUAGUCAUGGCUCUAUGUAGUACUGUGCGCAUCCCAUAGUCCGUUCUGGACUUGGGGACUGUGAAUAGACCUCUGGUGGCAUGUCUUGUGGGGUAUGCAUGGGUGUCCGAGCUGUGUGCCAGUAUUCCAAACAGACAGCUCGGUACAAUCAGCUCGUCGACACCUCUCACAAAAACAAGCAGUGAUGAAGUCAAUCUCUCUUCCACUCUGAGCCAGGAGAGACUGACAUGUUAGCUCUCCGUGUACUUUUAAGGGCCAGCCGUGCUGCCCUGUUCUGGAGAGGGGUGGAGAGACAUGACGAGGCAGAAUGAUUUACAGUACACUCUAAAUAAAACUACAACAUGGCUUUGCAGUAUGGCUGAUAAAAUAAUAAUUCCUUUCUCCCCAACCAAACCCUUGUUUCUUUUAUUCAUCUCUUUUAUCGCCUUUUGUUUAUUUUAACCACUUCAUUGUAUUGGUGUUUACUGUAAAGUGUCUUGUGACUUUAAAUGCAAUUUAAAUAAAGUUUGAUUUGAUUUGAUCAGGCCCUCAAGAGGACUGGUCUUAAUACAUCCGACCCACGACUGAAGGACUGUAUGGACAAGCUGCAACGCUCCGUAUCGGAAUCCUUUCAUGACGUCAUGUUGGACCGGGAACUCUUCCACAAGUGAGUCGCCUAGCUUGUCGACUAGUUGGAUUUAGACGUUCCCAAAUUGCUCCAUACCCCCUGCCCCCUGGCCCUAACCCUUCGAUGUUUGCAGAUCUGUAGGGUCUGGAUAGGUACAAGUAGUGCAUUAGUGGAGCUUCCACCAUAUUGCUUACAGCUAGUCUGUAUAAACCAAGGGUUAGGGCCAAGUGUGGGGGGGGGGGGGAUUUGGGACCUGCUUCUAGAGCCACCUCACUCACUCACACACACACACACACACACACGGCUCCUCUCUCUGGCAUUUAAUCUUCAAUACAUCAAGUCAUUUUAAGAGUUAGCUAGAGGCAACAGUAUAUGUGCUCUCAGUCCACUCAGCAGUGAGCUGAGGGCAGUGGGCUGAGGGCAGUGGGCUGAGGGGCAGUGGGCUGAGGGGCAGUGGGCUGAGGGCAGUGGGCUGAGGGGCAGUGGGCUGAGGGCAGUGGGCUGAGGGGCAGUGGGCUGAGGGCAGUGGGCUGAGGGGCAGUGGGCUGAGGGGCAGUGGGCUGAGGGGCAGUGGGCUGAGGACAGUGGGCUGAGGACAGUGGGCUGAGGGCAGUGGGCUGAGGACAGUGGGCUGAGGGCAGUGGGAGGAUACGGGUAGUCUUGUGUGGGCAACAGAGCAGGGUAUGACUCAGAUAGAUAGGUGCCAGCUGCCUUGGUCCUUGGGGACACAUACACACACACACACACGCACACACACACACACAGACACACAGCCAAAGUAAAUUGUGAUUGGAAUUAGAUGUAACCCUUUAUCAGUUGACCUGUUACAGCUUUGUGUUUCAGCUGUGGAUAUGCAUGUCGUUUCAUGAAAAUUCAGUUAAAGAGUAAAUUAUUGACGUAUAAAGUAGACUUUGACAGUCCAGGCAUCUUGAUCGAGUGGGGAAAACCAAUGUUCCUUAUAUCUGCACAGUAGUCUACACUCUUUAGAAAAAAGGGUUCCAAAAGGGUUCUUCAUCUUUCCCAAUAGGAGAACCCUUUUUGGUUCCAGGUAGAACCCUUUUUGGUUCCAGUUAGAACUCUUUUGGAUUCCAUGUAGAACCCUCAGUGGAAAGGGUUCUACCUGGAACUCAAAAGGGUUCUACCUGGAACCAAAAAGGGUUCUACCUGGAACCCUGGAACCAAAAAGGGUUCUUCAAAGGGUUAUCCUAUGGGGACAACCGAAUAACCCUUUUUAGUUCUAGAUAGCGUCUUUCUUUCUAAGAGUGGAGGUUAAACAAAGUUAUAGGCUUAUCAAAUGUCUUUGUUUGCCCGUAGGGCGGCGCACAAUUGGCCCAGCGUUGUCCGAGUUUGGCCAGUGUAGGCCAUCAUUGUAAAUAAGAAUUUGUUCUUAACUGACUUGCCUAGUUAAAUAAAGGUAAAAAAAAAAAAAAAAGAUGAGACGUAGGUUGGGGUAGGAAAUAAUAUAGGGCACAUAAUAAUAAGCCAUUUAGCAGACGUUUUUAUCCAAAGCGACUUACAGUCAUGCGUGCAUACAUUUUUGUGUAUGGCUGGUCCCGGGGAUCGAACCCACUACCUUGGCGUUACAAGCGCCGUGCUCUACCAGCUGAGCUACAGAGGACCACAUAAGGCAGCAGGUAGCCUAGCGGUUAGAGUGUUGGGCUAGUAACCGAAAGGUCACUGGUUCAAAAAACCAGAGCCGACAAGGUGAAAAAUCUGUCAAUAUGCCCUUGAGCAAGGCACUUAACCUUAAUUUGCUCUAGGGGUGCUGUGCUACUAUGGCUGACCCUGUAAAACAACACAUUUCACUGCACCUAUCUAUUAUUGUAUGUGACAAUAAAACAUAUUUUAAAAAAUUUAUAAGGCCUUGGUCAGGCUGUUAAUAGGAUACACAAGGAGUAUAAUUAGCCAUGUGUGUCACAGAGAAUCGAGUUCACAUUCUCACAUUGCUCCGCUGAACCCUAUUUUCCACAACAAUUCAAACCACUUAUGAGCACCAAGUCUUGCAUGCAAACAACAACAGAGAAGAAGGUCAGAGGUCAUAAUUCAGUCAUGAACAGCAGUCCAUCCACUGCACCUCAGGAAGUGUCACCACUUCAAAGCAAACAUCUGGGAAAAGUUCACAGUUAAUCUCAUUCACAGAACUAGAUUUCUAGAAUUUCUAGAAUGCUCUAGUGCUUGUUCAAUGACAGGGUUUCUGUAUUGAUGAUCUAAUACUGUUUUUGUUUGUUGUACCAACCCUCAGGUGCGUAGGUGGGAACAUAGUGCUUCUGAUCCAGGCCUUCAGAAAGAAGUUCAUCAUCCCUGAGUUUGAUUCCUUCGUUACAAAAAUAGAUCAAAUCUACAACACCGUUCACAAAAACCACAACGGACAUGUAAUUAGAUUUGUUUCCACCUCUACACCUUUCAUAUAUGUCACUCUUCUCCAUCUCUGUCUCUCACUAUCUCUCUUUUUUUGUCAUCUGUCCUCUUACUUUGUCUUUUUUCUCUGAUAUGUUUUCCAUCAGUGUGUUGUCUGUUGUUCUAUGGCACAUACUCACACAAAACGUUUUAAGUGUGGAGUAUGUUGUGGAAAUUCUAAUCAAAAGGAAGAGCGAGACUGUAGAUUCUUCAAACAACAACUUUAUUAUAAGAUUUGCAAAUCUGGAGCUGGUCAACAACCACUCAAAAGGUGAUUGUUAAGAACCCAACAAGCAAGAGUUGGGUCUCAGCCUAUAUAGGAAAAUACAACCUCGGUCUACGUGGCAGUUUAGCAGGUGUGUGAGAUCAUAGUGGGAACAUAGCGUACAAACAAUUGAUAACGCCAGUUUUGUUACUCCUUUCUGCUAAUAGAAUUGUCGCUGCUGCUCAAGCCAGCCUCUGUUCUCUUCAUAUCUCCACACAGCUGUGCCCUUGAAGAUACGAAAGGAACACGAUGGACCAAAAACUGGUCACUCUCAGACGGCCCUUUAUCUUUGGCCUCUUGACUAAGUUACUCAGAAACAAGAGAGGAAAAACGCUGGCUUCGUCUUACAUGAGAGAAACAGACAGUGGAAAAGUGCAGGUUUAAGGCUCAUACAGCGCAUGUGCAUAACAAAGUUUGUAAUUGUUCACGUUUUUCCUCCCUUUUGAGACUAAUCUCAACCUAAUACAAAAUUACAAGUACGCAUUUAAGUAAUAAUUCAUAAUAUAAGCCAAUUAUACCAUCAUUUAAGCAAAACUUCAACCAAGCAAAAUAUGAAACAUACACUAGUACAUUAUCUUUGUAAAUGGCUUCUGUUGAGCCACUGAGUUUUUUACCUUCACACGGUGCAAAACAUUCUUAAGGGAAUCAUUAAACAAUGAAACAGUUAUACAGAAGUACACUCUUCAUCUGUACAAAGAGGACAAUCAUCACGUUGAUGCAUCGAUCUCCGUCUUCUUAAACAAUGGGGCGGCUAUUGUUUGCUGGACUCCCGUCCUGAGCCUGCCGUUGGCUCGAGCUGGAGUGGCUGUUAUUUAAGUCCCGCCGUGGGACUUUGCCGGUGCUGUGUACUUCAGUUGCAUUGUGGCCACUUCUCCCAGGGCCCAUACAACAGCUGCAAUGGCUGGCGUGAAGCCACGUAGACCUCUCCACAACCUUCUGUCUGGGUCGUCAGGAGCACUUGGAAUGGACCAGUCCAGCGCUGUUGGUGCCGAGUCUUUCUGCAGAGAUCCUUGGUGACCACCCAAUUGCCUGGCUGCAAUUUGUGGAGCUGUCCUCCCUUUGGUUCAGGCAAAACUGCUUUUACCCUGAGAAAAUAGAGCAUUGUGAAGUGCAGCACAGAGCAUAGUAACUUACCAUUCCAGCAGUGUACUUGACGGGUAUUCGACCUGUCCUUAAGAAAAAUGUGUUAAACAUCCUUAUACAAUCAUUAAUUCACAAUCAUUCUGUUAUUGUGUGCGUCCACACAUUCAUUGGGUACCCUUCCUUAUUUGUUUAGUUCUUUAACGGUAUCUACAUUUCUUAACAGCAGUCAACUCUUAGAUCAAUCAGUUAACUAAUUCCAGAUCUAUUUUAAAUUAAAUUCGGUUAACUUAAAUUCAAUUCCAAAGCCAAAAUGCAUGCUCUAGUGAGAGCAAACAAUUCUGCAGCUUGGGCUGACAUAUGUGGUGGUAAUUUAGCACCUCUAGGGUAGUGGCAGCCAUAGUUACUGCAUAAGCCACUGAUGGUUCUCCUUGAGUCCCCCUGGAGUCCACUGUAUCGUGUCAUUCAUUGCCAUCUCAGCAUAGUCAGGCAGCCAGGCUCUACAAUAGCCUGCCAUUCCUGUGAGUGUCAACAUAUGUUGUUUUGAAUAGAAUAGAAUUGCAGCCACACGCUCUAGACCCAAUUUCCUACCAUUUGGUGUAAUAUCAUGUCCUAGAUACUUAACGGAUUGAGACACAAGCUGCAGCUUUUUUCUUAGAAACUUUGUGGCCAUUUUUAGCAAGGAGCGCUAACAGAGCUCUUGUGUCGACUUCGCAUGCUCGUUGGGUUAACAUACUCCCAGCGGGCGGUAUGAAAGCCUCUAAAUGUUGCGCCAAAGCGACAGAAAACACCGCAGGCGGUCCGAUUCAGUAUCAUGUAAACGCGAACCAGAACUGUGAUUCUGGAGCGACGGGAAUGCUAAAGAAAACAUUAGCCAAAUCAACAACUGAAAACCAUUUACCCGACGCCGGCACGGCAGAUAGUACUGUACGGGGUUUGGCACAACAGAAGCUCUUGCAUAAACUGCAUCGUUAACUUUUCUAAGAUCUUGAACAAAAACACCAAUCACCCGAGGCUUUUCGGACAGGAAGAAUGGGGGUGUUGCAGGGAGAGUCUGGACAAGGCACAAUUUCUCCUAUUUCUACCAAUGAAGCAUGAACAGGGUAAUCCCCCGCACUGCCUCCUGACUCAGAGAAUGCUGGGCUUGGCCGGGUCUGUGUGCUCUCAGGUGUGACGUAAGCAGUUUCAACCCCCUCAUUCGCCCAAUGUCAUACUUAUCCUUAGCCCACAGAGACUCUGGGAGACCAGCCAACAAGGGUGACUCAGUCUCCACAGAAUUUAGACCCAUCCGCUCUGAGUUCCCAGUCAGUGACCUGCAAGACGGAUUUCAACCAGACACCAGUAUCCUAAAAAUAUCAAAAAAAGCCGGUUCUUUAGACAUCUUUAAUACUAAGAGCAUAAAACAAAACUGAGGCCCAUUAAAAUCGGAAGGUCGUGAGUAUCACUGCAUAGUAAGCAUUCUUGGGGGGCAGUUUCCUUCAGCCAAUUUUUUUCAUAAUAUAAAUCUCUCAAAGUGUAAAUCUCUCGUAAUUGGUGAGAAAUGGGCGGUGCAAUGUAGGUCUGUCUGUAGGUCUGUCUGUAGGUCUGUCUGUGCCAUCAAACUGCCUUUCUUUUUCCAACAGGGCCGUUGAGAAAAUCUCUUCAAUUGGGUCACAAUGUGAUCCAUCAAUGUCCUGUAUGUCCCAUGCAUAGUACCAAUCACACAUUUGGAUAAAAUAAUAUGAAUUCCCAAUUUACAGAGAAGAUCUCUUCCUGCCAAAUUUACAGGGCAACAUGCGGAGGCAAUAAAUUGAUGUGUCCUGCAUGUAUCAUCAAUUUUAACCGGCAGGGGCAUCGUGAUGAACUCUUUCAUAAUCACUCCCGAGGCCCCCACAGUGCUAACUGAUUCAUUUGACAUGGGAGGAUUGGGCAUCAUUUUUGAAUUUAUGACAGACAUUGCAGCGCCAGUAUCUACUAGAAAUUCAAUUGACUCAACAUUGACAAAGAGACAAACCAUUGGCUCCUCACAGGGGCUUGAACAAAUCUUUAAAUGCUGUCCAAGGGUGUCAACUGUCUCAACCUUGCGUCAGUCUGUGUGUGGGUUGUAUAGGGUCGUUUUCGGUGGCGGUCCUGUUCUCCAGUUUCCUCGCCCUGCCCCACCCGAUCCGGGAGGUAGAAAGUCAUUGUUUCUCCUUUUCUUAUCAUUCACCAUGAUCCCUUUCAUUUUCUUGUCUGCCCUUCUCUCUGCUUCUCUUUCCCACUUCCUAAUAUCAUCCCCCUCUAUUCUACUUGCCUUUCUUGGUUUCUUCAAAGUCCUGCAAUUUCUUUCUACAUUCUGCUAAUAAAACUUCACUUGAUGUGCCUUUUUAAGGGGUAAAUCUGCUACCUUGGGCCAGAGCGUUGCCUGUUCCAGAAUGUCCCUGCACCACUCAUCCACCAUUACCUUCACCGGUCCGGUCAGCAGGUCGGGCAGACAAGGUUCUCCCUAGCUGCUCUUGGCUCCCAUUGUGAAACUCCAUCUAUACACACACAUACUCGGAGACAAACAAAAACACACACACAAAACGAACAGUAUUUAGUUAGGAACGUCUUCCUUUCUUAAAAUUAAUGAUGGGUUAACUCAAAAAUAAAUUGAUCAUGGGUUAACUCAACUCAAAAGGGGGCGUUUCUUCGCAUUCAAAAUAUAUUUUUAUUUCUUUAUGUAGUUGAGAAUUCUAUACCCAUACAGUAUUUCCCACUACAAAAUGUAUGUGUUUUAUGCACGUAACCAAUUAUUUCCCAAGUAUAUCCAAUUCUCCUACGGGUCCAUUGGUCAAAUUGCGGUGUUCUAAAAUAAUGUGCUAACCUGCAGGAAUAUUUUCUUACUUCUAACUCAGGACCCUGUCCUGGAAUCACAUUCACUUACAUCUGACGAUUGCAAACCAUGGCAUAUCAAUGAAUAUUAAUUUAGUACUUUGCCAAAUAAUGCGCAUUUACCCAGGGAAUACAGCGCAUGUGCAUAACAAAGUUUUCCACGAUAAGUAUUAGCUACAUGUGAUAUGGUUCUGAUGGUCUGUACUUCCUGGUUCCAGGUAGCCGUCUACAUUCCUCACCUGGCCAAGUUCAGUCCUGAUCUCUGGGGUGUGUCCCUGUGUACAGUGGACGGACAGAGGUAGGUACAACAUCCCUGCAUGUCUAUAUAUCUGGAUGAUAGAUAACUGAAUGUGAAAUAGUGACUCAUACUACUGACAUCUUUUCUUCUGGUCCUCUCUCUGUUUCUUCCUCUGUUUCCCUGGUCCUCUCUCUCUUUCUUCUUCUGUUUCCCUGGUCCUCUCUGUUUCUCUGGUCCCCUUUUCUCUUUCUUCCUCUUUUUCCCUGUUCCUGCUCUCUCUGUUCUUCUCUCUGUUUCCUGUUCUCUCUCUUUCUUCCUCUGUUUCCCUGUUCCCUCUCUCUCUUUCUUCCUCUGUUUCCCUGGUCCUCUCUCUCUUAUUCCUCUGUUUCCCUGGUCCUCUCUCUGUUUCCUGUCCAUCUCUCUUUCUUCCUCUGUUCCUGGUCCUCUCUCUCUUUCUUCCUCUGUUUCCCUGGUCCUCUCUCUGUUUCCCCUGGUCCUCUCUUCUUCUUCCUCUGUUUCUCUGGUUCCUCUCUCUCUCUUUCUUCUUCCUCUGUUUCCCUGGUCCUCUUCUCUGUUUUUUCCCUGUUUCCCUCUCUCUCUGUUUCUCUGGUCCUCUCUCUCUUUCUCCUCUGUUUCCCUGGUCCUCUCUCCCUUUCUUCCUCUGUUUCCCUGUCCUCUCUCUGUUUCUUCUGCUCCUGUUCUCUUCCUGGUCCUCCUCUCUUCUUCUCCUCUGUUUCCCUGGUCCUCUCUCUUCUUUCCUCUUUCUUCCCUCUGUUUCUCUCUGUCCGUCUCUCUCUUUCUUCCUGUUUCCCUGUCCUCUCUUUUCCUGUCCUCUCUUUUCCCUGGUCCUCUCUCUCUCUUCUUCCUCUGUUUCCCUGGUCCUCUCUCUCUUUCUUCCUCUGUUCCCUGUCCCCUCUCUUUCUCUGUCUUCUUUCUUCUUUUCCUGUUUCCCUGGUCCUCUCUCUUGUUUCUCUGGUUCCUUUCUCUCUUCUCUUUCUUCCUCUGUUUCCCUGUUCCUCUCUCUUUCUUCCUGCUCUGUUUCCCUGGUCCUCUCUUCUCUCUGGUCCUUCUUUCUCUGUUUCCCUGGUCCUCUCUGUUUCUCUGGUCCUCUCUCUCUUUCUUCCUCUGUUUCCCUGGUCCUCUCUCUCUUUCUUCCUCUGUUUCCCUGGUCCUCUCUCUGUUUCCCUGGUCCUCUCUCUGUUUCCCUUGUCCUCUCUUUCUCUCGUCUUUCUCUCUGGUCCUCUUCCUCUUUCUUCUCUCUUUUCUCUCUGUUCCCUUCUCCUCUUUCCUGGUCUCUCUCUGUUUCCCUGUCCUCUCUCUGCUUUCCUUGGUCCUCUCUCUCUUUCUUCCUCUGUUUCCUGUCCUCUCUCUCUUCUUCUUCUCUGUUCCCUGGUCCUCUCUCUCUGUUCCUGUCCUGUCCUCUCUCUCUUUCUUCUCUGUUUCUCUGGUCCUCUCUCUCUUUCUUCCUCUGUUUCCCUGGUCCUCUCUCUGUUUCCCUGGUCCUCUCUCUGUUUCUCUGGUCCUCUCUCUCUUUCUUCCUCUGUUUCCCUGGUCCUCUCUCCCUUUCUUCCUCUGUUUCCCUGAUCCUCUCUCUGUUUCUCUGGUCCUCUCUCUCUUUCUUCCUCUGUUUCCCUGGUCCUCUCUCUCUUUCUUCCUCUGUUUCUCUGGUCCUCUCUCUCUUUCUUCCUCUGUUUCCCUGGUCCUCUCUCUCUUUCUUCCUCUGUUUCCCUGGUCCUCUCUCUCUUUCUUCUUCUGUUUCCCUGGUCUUCUCUCUGUUUCCUUGGCCUAUCCCUCUUUCUUCCUCUGUUUCCUCCCUCCUAAUGGCCUUUUCCUACCCUCUCUCUCUUUUCCUCUCUCCUGUCCUCUUUCUCGCCCCCUGUUUUCCUCCUAUCCUCUUCUCUUGUUUUCCCCCUCUCCCUCCUCUCCCCCCAGACACUCAAUAGGGGACACUAAGCAGCCCUUCUGUCUCCAGUCAUGUGUGAAGCCUCUGGAGUAUGCUGUGGCCAUUCACGAGGCUGGGACAGAGAAGGUACACCGCUACGUAGGGAUGGAGCCCAGCGGACUCAAGUUCAACAAGCUCUACCUGGAUGAGGAUGGUGGGUAAGGGAAGCCUUGCUACUGUUGUUGUACAUUACUGUGUUGUGUUUGAUAGUCUGGUGGAAGAAUAUGAUUUUAUUUCAGUACAAGUUAAGGCAAUGUGAGUUCAGGUUGACAGGAUCUUCUACUUUCUACAAAGUGGACAUGACGUCAGCUCUCGAAGAAAGACUUUAGUCUCCAAAUAGUAAAGCAUAAUUCUACUUCUGUGAGUGUACUGUACUCUGUCUUAAACUCUGAUAAUAACCAACUUGUGUUUUGUGUGCCUAGACAAACCCCACAACCCCAUGGUGAACGCUGGAGCCAUUGUGAUUAGCUCUCUUAUCAAGGUAACGAGACAGACAGCCUACAGACCACUGUAUACAUGUUGUGAGAAUGUCCUGUAACUAGACAGACAGCCUACAGACCACUGUAUACAUGUUGUGAGAAUGUCCUGUCUGACUCUGAAUAUUCCCGUAAAACAUCCACUCUCAAUGAUGCAUCAGUGAUAUCAGUCACUGUCAAUGAUUGCUGAAUCCACAUGGCUUCAAAUCCACUGACGUGACUCAGUGUUUGACAUGCCAAGCAAAUGUACACAACAAACCAAGAUCCACAUCACCUGCAAAUCUUUGACCCAAAGCUGACGUAGUUUGACUUUGUCCCAUUGAAACGCGGCUCCACAUGUGCGCGCACACGCACGCACGCACACACACACACACACACACACACACACACACACACGCACACACACACACACACACACACACACACACACACACACACACACACACACACACACACACACACAGCUUAUCUGGCAUGUCUGUAGAUAGUAGUUGCAUGUACAGUAGUGUAGUCAUUAGUGUUGACCCUGGUUCUGCCAGCUUCACUGCUCUCCUCUCACCCUCACGCCAUGCUGGGGGAGGGACCCUGGGACCGGUGGGAGAGCAUCAGUUUAACCAAUGAAUGGGCCACUUUGGAGAGGUGGUGCGUAUGCGUAUGUAUGUGUGUGUGUGUGUUGCUAUCUCAGGCAGAGAGAGAGAAAGGUACAUAGUCAGAGCAGGCAAGUUUAACUGAUAUACAGUUACAGUUGAAGUCGGAAGUUUACGUACACCUUAGCCAAAUACAUUUAAACUCAGUUUUUCACAAUUCCUAGUAAAAAAUUCCCUGUUUUAGGUCAGUUAGGAACACCACUUUAUUUUAAGAAUGUGAAAUGUCAGAAUAAUAGUAGAGAGUAUGAUUUAUUUCAGCUUUUAUUUCUUUCAUCACAUUCCCAGUGGGUCAGAAGUUGACAUACACUCAAUUAGUAUUUGAUAGCAUUGCCUUUCUAUUGUUUUAAUUGGGUCAACCAUUUCGGGUAGCCUUCCAUAAGCUUCCCACAAUACGUUGGGUGAAUUUUCCUGACAGAGCUGGUGUAACUGAGUCAGGUUUGUAGGCCUCCUUGCUCGCACACGCUUUUUCAGUUCUGCCCAAAAAUGUUCUAUAGGAUUGAGGUCAGGGCUUUGUGAUGGCCACACCAAUACCUUGACUUUGUUGUCCUUAAGCCAUUUUGCCACAACUUUGGAAGUAUGCUUGGGGUUAUUGUCCAUUUGGAAGACCCAUUUGUGACCAAGCUUUAACUUCCUGACUUGCUUCAAUAUAUCCACAUAAUUUUCCUUCCUCAUGAUGCCAUCUAUUUUGUGAAGUGCACCAGUCCCUCUUGCAGCAAAGCACCCCCACAGCAUGAUGCUGCCACCCCAAUGCUUCACGGUUGGGAUGGUGUUCUUCGGCUUGCAAGCAUCCCUCUUUUUCCUCCAAACAUAACUAUGGUCAUUAUGGUCAAACAGUUCUAUUUUUGUUUCAUCAGACCAGAGGACGUUUCUCCAAAAAGUACGAUCUUUGUCCCCAUGUGCAGUUGCAAACCGUAGUCUUGCUUUUUUAUGGCGGUUUUGGAGCAGCUUCUUCCUUGCUGAGCGGCCUUUCAGGUUAUGUCGAUAGAGGACUCGUUUUACUGUGGAUAUAGAUACUUUUGUACCCGUUUCCUCCAGCAUCCUCACAAGGUCCUUUGCUGUUGUUCUGGGAUUGAUUUGCACUUUUCGCACCAAAGUAUGUUCAUCUCCAGGAGACAGAACGCGUCUCCUUCCUGAGCGGUAUGACGGCUGCGUGGUCCCAUGGUGUUUAUACUUGCGUACUAUUGUUUGUACAGAUGAACGUGGUACCUUCAGGCGUUUGGAAAUUGCUCCCAAGGUUGAACCAGACUUGUGGAGGUCUACAAUUAUUUUCUGAGGUCUUGGCUGAUUUCUUUGGAUUUUCCCAUGAUGUCAAGCAAAGAGGCACUGAGUUUGAAGGUAGGCCUUGAAAUACAUCCACAGGUACACCUCCAAUUGACUCAAAUGAUGUCAAUUAGCCUAUCAGAAGCUUCUAAAGCCAUGACAUCAUUUUCUGGAAUUUUCCAAGCUGUUUAAAGGCACCGUCAAUUUAGUGUAUGUAAACUUCUGACCCACUGGAAUUGUGAUACAGUGAAUUAUAAGUGAAAUAAUCUGUCUGUAAACAAUUGUUGGAAAAAUUACUUGUGUCAUGCACAAAGUAGAUGUCCUAACCGACUUGCCAAAACUAUAGUUUGUUAACAAGAAAUGUGUGGAGUGGUUGAAAAAUGAGUUUUAAUGACUCCAACCUAAGUGUAUGUAAACUUCCAACUUCAACUGUAUACAGUGGGGGAAAAAAGUAUUUAGUCAGCCACCAAUUGUGCAAGUUCUCCCACUUAAAAAGAUGAGAGAGGCCUGUAAUUUUCAUCAUAGGUAGAUGUCAACUAUGACAGACAAAAUGAGAAUUUUUUUUCCAGAAAAUCACAUUUUAGGAUUUUUAAUGAAUUUAUUUGCAAAUUAUGGUGGAAAAUAAGUAUUUAGUCAAUAACAAAAGUUUCUCAAUACUUUGUUAUAUACCCUUUGUUGGCAAUGACACAGGUCAAACGUUUUCUGUAAGUCUUCACAAGGUUUUCACACACUGUUGCUGGUAUUUUGGCCCAUUCCUCCAUGCAGAUCUCCUCUAGAGCAGUGAUGUUUUGGGGCUGUCGCUGGGCAACACAGACUUUCAACUCCCUCCAAAGAUUUUCUAUGGGGUUGAGAUCUGGAGACUGGCUAGGCCACUCCAGGACCUUGAAAUGCUUCUUACGAAGCCACUCCUUCGUUGCCCGGGCGGUGUGUUUGGGAUCAUUGUCAUGCUGAAAGACCCAGCCACGUUUCAUCUUCAAUGCCCUUGCUGAUGGAAGGAGGUUUUCACUCAAAAUCUCACGAUACAUGGCCCCAUUCAUUCUUUCCUUUACACGGAUCAGUCGUCCUGGUCCCUUUGCAGAAAAACAACCCCAAAGCAUGAUGUUUCCACCCCCAUGCUUCACAGUAGGUAUGGUGUUCUUUGGAUGCAACUCAGCAUUCUUUGUCCUCCAAACACGACGAGUUGAAUAUUUACCAAAAAGUUAUAUUUUGGUUUCAUCUGACCAUAUGACAUUCUCCCAAUCCUCUUCUGGAUCAUCCAAAUGCACUCUAGCAAACUUCAGACGGGCCUGGACAUGUACUGGCUUAAGCAGGGGGACACGUCUCGCACUGCAGGAUUUGAGUCCCUGGUGGCGUAGUGUGUUACUGAUGGUAGGCUUUGUUACUUUGGUCCCAGCUCUCUGCAGGUCAUUCACUAGGUCCCCCUGUGUGGUUCUGGGAUUUUUGCUCACCGUUCUUGUGAUCAUUUUGACCCCACGGGGUGAGAUCUUGCGUGGAGCCCCAGAUCGAGGGAGAUUAUCAGUGGUCUUGUAUGUCUUCCAUUUCCUAAUAACUGCUCCCACAGUUGAUGUCUUCAAACCAAGCUGCUUACCUAUUGCAGAUUCAGUCUUCCCAGCCUGGUGCAGGUCUACAAUUUUGUUUCUGGUGUCCUUUGACAGCUCUUUGGUCUUGGCCAUAGUGGAGUUUGGAGUGUGACUGUUCGAGGUUGUGGACAGGUGACUUUUAUACUGAUAACAAGUUCAAACAGGUGCCAUUAAUACAGGUAACGAGUGGAGGACAGAGGAGCCUCUUAAAGAAGAAGUUACAGGUCUGUGAGAGCCAGAAAUCUUGCUUGUUUGUAGGUGACCAAAUACUUAUUUUCCACCAUAAUUUGCAAAUAAAUUCAUUAAAAAUCCUACAAUGUGAUUUUCUGAUUUUCUUUUCUUUUUUUCUCAUUUUGUCUGUCAUAGUUGACGUUUACCUAUGAGGAAAAUUACAGGCCUCUCUCAUCUUUUUAAGUGGGAGAACUUGCACAAUUGGUGGCUGACUAAAUACUAUUUUCCCCCACUGUAUUUAUAUAUAUAUAAUGGGUAUAAAUACUGAUGGGGCCCCAGACUGAGGGGGCUCCAGACUGAGGGGGCUCCAGACUGAGGGGGCCCCAGGCGGAGGGGGCUCCAGACUGAGGGGGCUCCAGACUGAGGGGGCUCCAGGCGGAGGGGGCUCCAGACUGAGGGGGCUCCAGGCGGAGGGGGCUCCAGACUGAGGGGGCUCCAGGCGGAGGGGGCUCCAGGCGGAGGGGGCUCCAGACUGAGGGGGCCCCAGGCGGAGGGGGCUCCAGACUGAGGGGGCUCCAGACUGAGGGGGCUCCAGGCGGAGGGGGCUCCAGACUGAGGGGGCUCCAGGCGGAGGGGGCUCCAGACUGAGGGGGCCCCAGACUGAAGGGGCCCCAGACUGAGGGGGCUCCAGGCGGAGGGGGCUCCAGACUAAGGGGCCCCCAGGUGGAAGUUAGAUAAAGAAGCCUGAAAUAGCCUGAAGGAAUAGCAGGAGGGUUUAAGUCUGGUUUUCUGCCUAUCUGUUCAGAAUUCUUCCUUUAAUUUAAUAUAAAAUACUGAAAUAAAACUAUUACUGUGUAAUGCAUCUUUGUGAAGGAAACAAUUUAAUUUAUACCCCAAUACUGGACAUGCAUUGACAUAGUGUCACGGUUUCGGCCGAGGCUGCUCCUCUUCCUUGUUCGGGCAGGCUUCGGCGUCGUCGUCUCCGGAGUACUAGCUGCCACCGUUCUAUGUUUCAUGUCUUUGGUUUUGUCUGUUUCAUAACACCUGUCCCUUAUUUGUUAUUAAUGUUUCCCUUAUUUAGUUCGUGUGUUUGGGUCAGGUGUUAUGCGUGAUUGUUCAUUGUCAGCCUGCCUCUGUGAAGUUCGGAUUAUUUCUCUCGUUGUGUUUUCCCGAGAGCUCGCACUGUGUGCGCUUUUCUUGUUUUGACGCACUGUGUGUUUUGUGCGUAAUUGUGUGCGCCACCCGGUUGGGUUGGCUACUCCUUGUUCUCGUUGCUUUGGGAACAUUACUAAAGACGGUUGAAGUCAUCCUGGGUCCUGCGCUUGAUUCCUUCCACUCACCUACACACACCACUCUGACACAUAGGACAUUUGGGGUCACUUGGGCCAUCACUGCUAUGCUCUAUAAUUUGUAUAAAGUAGCCCCCUAAAAAAUUUAUUCCACAACAAAUCCACCCUUAACCUCUCAAUGCUGGGUCAGUGAUACACCUGUUUCAGACCAGGUGCUGUUGCUUUGGAACAGGUGUACUAUUGCAGCUGUACUACAGAAAGUUCAUGUAAUAUGCUGAGACUUCAUACAACCAGUAUCUUUAUUAGGACACUGUCUACUGUGGUAACUGCUUGUUUUUGUCACCUUGUACAGUAGUACAUAUUAGGACAUCAAGAUGUGUGAUCAUUAAUACUAUUAAAGUGUGCUGAACGUACUGAGUCCUGAAGCCCUGUAGAACAUCGCCACCCUGUGGCUGACCACUGAAAGGCGUUUGAUGUGGUGACCUGUCGUUUACACAACUGUCUUUUUCUGUCUUUUUCUGUCUUUCUUUCUCUGUGUCACCAGCCUGGUUCGAAUAAGGCAGAGAAGUUUGACUAUGUAAGUAGAUAGACUUAAUGUGUGUCAUCAUUCAGUAUCAUUCAAACGUAUUCAUAUACAAUGCAACAUUAUACGUUACAUUACAAUACAUUACUAUACACUAUCUGUCAUCCUCUCUCCUCAGAUGAUGGAUUUUAUCAAGAAGAUGGCUGGUCGAGAGUACGUGGGGUUCAGCAAUGCCACGUGAGUUUUAGCUAAUGUCUUCCUUUUCUAAAGCUGAGUUCUCUCUGUUUGUUACAUUAUUGAUGUGAUGUGAUGGACUCUCUUUGUCUCUCUGUUUCUCAGGUUCCAGUCUGAAAAAGAAACAGGCGACAGAAAUUUUGCAAUUGGAUACUACCUCAAAGAGAAGAAGGUCAGUGAGGGACAGUGGCAAUGGGAACAUUUGAAUUACAGUGGUUCUGGGACACACCACCUGAUAACUUUGUAGCUACUACUCAGGCCAGGAGUUUUGUGCACCAGAAAUAUAUUGAUCACUCAGUGUGUGAUGGUUAUGUGAUAUUCAUGUGUGAGAUCAUCUGUACCUGUAUGAAAUAUUGAUCAUAGGAACUGAUUUCCAUCUGCAGUGUUUUCCUACUGGGGCAGAAAUGAUUGAUGCGCUGGACUUCUAUUUCCAGGUAAACUACACUUCCUCAUAUACACAAUCACACUGUGAUGAAGUUGAUGUGGUUUUGCUAUUUCUGGUAAUGCAUCAUAAUGAUGAUUUGUUACUCGACAUUAUAAUAAAGUAUUACCCUAUGUAUUUACAGUGCAUAUGAGUCCCAGACACUGGGGCAGUUUCCCGGACACAAAUUUGUCUUAGUCCUCACUAAAAAGCAAUUUCAAUGGUGAAUCUCCGUAGACCAUGCUUCUUAGUCCAAGACUAGGCUUAAUAUGUGUCUGGGAAACGGAGCCUACGUGUUUCUCCCUAUAUCAUUGUUUUAGUAAAUAAAUGAUUUCCUUUCAGCUGUGUUCCAUAGAGGUCACCUGCGAGUCUGGGAGUGUCCCCUAUAUAAUUGUUUUAGUAAAUAAAUGAUUUCCUUUCAGCUGUGUUCCAUAGAGGUCACCUGCGAGUCUGGAAGCGUCAUGGCGGCCACGCUGGCCCACGGGGGAAUCUGCCCAAUCACCGGCGAGCGCGUCCUGAGUGCCGAGGCUGUAAGGAACACCCUGAGUCUCAUGCACUCCUGCGGCAUGUACGACUUCUCUGGACAGAUGGCCUUCCAUGUAAGUCAUACAGUAGUCAUACAGUAGUCAUACAGUAGUCAUACAGUAGUCAUACAGUUGUUAUACAGUAGUCAUACAGUAGUCAUACAGUAGUCAUACAGUAGUCAUUCAGUUGUUAUACAGUGGUUAUACAGUAGUCAUACAGUGGUAAUACAGUAGUCAUACAGUAGUCAAACAGUAGUUAUACAGUAGUCAUACAGUGGUCAUGUGGUAGUCAUACAGUAGUCAUACAGUAGUUAUACAGUUGUUAUACAGUAGUCAUACAGUGGUUAUACAGUAGUCAUACAGUAGUCAAACUGUAGUUAUACAGUGGUAAUACAGUAGUCAUACAGUAGUCAUACAGUAGUCAUACAGUGGUCAUGUGGUAGUCAUACAGUAGUCAUACAGUAGUUAUACAGUUGUUAUACAGUAGUCAUACAGUAGUUAUACAGUAGUCAUACAGUAGUCAAACAGUAGUUAUACAGUAGUCAUACAGUAGUUAUACAGUAGUCAUACAGUAGUCAUACAGUAGUCAACAGUAGUUAUACAGUAGUCAUACAGUAGUUAUACAGUUGUUAUACAGUAGUCAUACAGUAGUCAUACAGUAGUCAUACAAUAGCUAUACAGUAGUCAUACAGCAGUCAACAGUUGUCAUACAAUAGUCAUACAGUAGUCACACAGUAGUUAAACAGUAGUCAUACAGUAGUUAUACAGUAGUCAUACAGUAGUUAUACAGUUGUUAUACGGUAGUUAUACAGUAGUCAUACAGUAGUUAUACAGUAGUCAUACAGUAGUCGUACAGUAGUCAUAUAGUCGUCAUACAGUAGUCAUGCAGUAGUUAUACAGUUAUACAGUAGUCAUACAGUAGUCAAACAGUGGUUAUACAGUAGUCAUACAGUGGUCAUGUGGUAGUCAUACAGUAGUCAUAUAGUUGUUAUACAGUAGUCAUACAGUAGUUAUACAGUAGUCAUACAGUAGUCAAACAGUAGUUAUACAGUGGUAAUACAGUAGUCAUACAGUGGUCAUGUGGUAGUCAUACAGUAGUCAUACAGUAGUUAUACAGUUGUUAUACAGUAGUCAUACAGUAGUUAUACAAUAGUCAUACAGUAGUCAAACAGUAGUUAUACAGUAGUCAUACAGUAGUUAUACAGUAGUCAUACAGUAGUCAUACUGUAGUUAUACAGUAGUUAUGCAGUAGUCAUACAGUGGUCAUACAGUAGUCAUACAGUAGUCAUACAGUGGUUAUACAGUGGUCAUACAGUAGUUAUACAGUAGUUAUACAGUAGUUAUACAGUAGUAUACAGUAGUCAUACAGUAGUUAUACAGUAGUCAUACAGUAGUUAUACAGUAGUCGUACAGUAGUUGUACAGUAGUUGUACAGUAGUCAUACAGUAGUUAUACAGUAGUUAUACAGUAGUUAUACAGUAGUCAUACAGUAGUUAUACAGUAGUUGUACAGUAGUCGUACAUUGGUCAUACAGUAGUCAUACAGUAGUCAUACAGUGGUCAUACAGUAGUUAAACAGUAGUUAUACAGUAGUCAUACAGUAGUUAUACAGUUGUUAUACAGUAGUCAUACAGUAGUCAUACAGUAGUCAUACAGUAGUCAUACAAUAGCUAUACAGUAGUCAUACAGUAGUCAACAGUUGUCAUACAAUAGUCAUACAGUAGUCACACAGUAGUUGAACAGUAGUCAUACAGUGGUUAUACAGUAGUCAUACAGUUGUUAUACGGUAGUUAUACAGUAGUCAUACAGUAGUCGUACAGUAGUCAUACAGUAGUCAUACAGUAGUUAUACAGUUGUUAUACAGUAGUCAUACAGUGGUCAUACAGUAGUCAUACAAUAGCUAUACAGUAGUCAUACAGUAGUCAUACAGUAGUUAUACAGUGGUUAUACAGUAGUUAUACAGUAGUCAUACAGUAGUUAAACAGUAGUUAUACAGUAGUCAUACAGUAGUUAUACAGUUGUUAUACAGUAGUCAUACAGUAGUCAUACAGUAGUCAUACAGUAGUCAUACAAUAGCUAUACAGUAGUUUAUACAGUAGUCAACAGUUGUCAUACAAUAGUCAUACAGUAGUCACACAGUAGUUAAACAGUAGUCAUACAGUGGUUAUACAGUAGUCAUACAGUUGUUAUACAGUUGUUAUACGGUAGUUAUACAGUAGUCAUACAGUAGUUAUACAGUAGUCAUACAGUAGUUAUACAGUAGUCAUACAGUAGUUAUACAGUGGUCAUACAGUAGUCAACAGUUGUUAUACAGUAGUCAUACAGUAGUCAUACAGUGGUCUUACAGUAGUUAUACAGUAGUCAUACAGUAUCGUAAAAGUAGUCAUACAGUCGUCAUACAGUAGUCAUGCAGUAGUUAUACAGUUGUUAUACAGUAGUUAUACAGUAGUUAUACAGUGGUUAUACAGUAGUCAUACAGUAGUCAUACAGUAGUCAACAGUAGUUAUACAGUAGUCAUACAGUAGUUAUACAGUUGUAUACAGUAGUCAUACAGUAGUCAUACAGUAGUCAUACAAUAGCUAUACAGUAGUCAUACAGUAGUCAAUGUUGUCAUAACAAUGGUCAUACAGUAGUCACACAGUAGUUAAACAGUUCAUACAGUAGUUAUACAGUAGUCAUACAGUAGUUAUACAGUUGUAUACGUAGUUAUACAGUAGUCUACAGUAGUAUACAGUAGUCUACGUUAUAAAAGUUGUUAUACAGUAGUCUCAGUAGUCAUACAGUUCAUACAUAGUUAUACAGGUCAUACAGUAGUCGUACAGUAGUCAUACAGUCGUCAUACGUAGUCAUGCAGUAGUUAUACAGUUGUUAUACAGUAGUUAUACAGUAGUUAUACAGUAGUCAUACAGUAGUUAUACAGUAGUCAUACAGUAGUUAUACAGUAGUCAUACAGUAGUUAUACAGUAGUCAACAGUAUAUACAGUAGUCAUACAGUAGUAUACAGUGUAUACAGUAGUAUACAGUAGUCUACAGUAUCAUACAUAGUCAUACAGUAGUCAUACAGUAGUAACAGUUGUCAUACAGUAGUCAUACAGUAGUCAACAGUAGUUAAACAGUAGUCAUACAGUAGUUAUACAGUAGUCAUACAGUAGUAUACAGUUGUUAUACGGUAGUAUACAGUAGUCAUACAGUAGUCAUAAAGAGUCAUACAGUUGUAUACAUAGUCAUACAGUAGUCCAUACAGUAGUCAUACAGUAGUAUACAGUAGUCAUACAGUAGUUCAUACAGUAGUUAUACAGUAGUUAUACAGUAGUAACAGUGUUAUACAAGUCAUACAGUAGUCACACAGUAGUUAUACAGUAGUCAUACAGUAGUCAUACAGUGUCAUACAGUAGUAUACAGUUGUAUACGUAGUACAGCUAUACAGUAAGUUCAUACAGUUAGUUAUACAGUAGUCAUACAGUAGUAUCAACAGUAGUUAUACAGUAGUAGUUACAGUAGUCAUACAGUAGUCAUACAGUUGUUAUAGCAGUAGUCAUACAUUAACAGUAGUAUACAGUAGUCAUACAGGUUAGUUACAGUGUCAUACAGUAGUCAGUGUUAUACAGUGUUACGUACAUAUUUAUACAGUAGUUAUGACAGUAGUCAUACAGUAGUCUACAGUGUCACAGUGUUAUACAGUAGUUAUACAGUAGUUAUACAGUUGUUAUACAGUAAGUUCAUACAGUAGUCAUACACAGUGGUCAUACAGUAGUUAUACAGUGUAUACAGUCAUACAGUAGUCAACAGUAGUUAACAGUAGUCAUACAGUAGUUAUACAGUAGUCAUACAGUAGUAUACAGUUGUUAUACAGUAGUAUACAAUAGCUAUACAGUAGUCAUACAGUAGUCAACAGUUGUCAUACAAUAGUCAUACAGUAGUCACACAGUAGUUAAACAGUAGUCAUACAGUAGUUAUACAGUAGUCAUACAGUAGUUAUACAGUUGUUAUACGGUAGUUAUACAGUAGUCAUACAGUAGUUAUACAGUAGUCAUACAGUAGUCAACAGUUGUUAUACAGUAGUCAUACAGUAGUCAUACAGUGGUCAUACAGUAGUUAUACAGUAGUCGUACAGUAGUCGUACAGUAGUCAUACAGUCGUCAUACAGUAGUCAUGCAGUGGUUAUACAGUUGUUAUACAGUAGUUAUACAGUAGUUAUACAGUAGUCAUACAGUAGUUAUACAGUAGUCAUACAGUAGUUAUACAGUAGUCAUACAGUAGUUAUACAGUAGUUAUACAGUAGUUAUACAGUAGUCAUACAGUAGUUAUACAGUAGUCAUACAAUAGUCAUACAGUAGUCAACAGUUGUUAUACAGUAGUCAUACAGUAUUCAUGCAGUUAUCAUACAGUAGUCAUACAGUUGUUAUACAGUAGUUAUAGAGUAGUCAUAAAGUAGUCAACAGUUGGUAUACAGUAGUCAUACAGUAGUCAUACAGUGGUCAUACAGUUGUUAUACGGUAGUCAUACAGCAGUCACACAGUAGUCACACAGUAGUCAUACAGUAGUCAUACAGUGGUUAUACAGUAGUCAUACAGUGGUUAUACAGUAGUCAUACAGUAGUCAUACAGUAGUUAUACAGUAGUUAUACAGUAGUCAUACAGUAGUUAUACAGUAGUCAUACAGUAGUUAUACAGUAGUCAUACAGUAGUUAUACAGUGGUUAUACGGUAUUCAUACAGUUGUUAUACAGUAGUCAUACAGUAGUCAUACAGUAGUCGUACAGUAGUUAUAGAGUAGUCAUACAGUAGUUAUACAGUAGUCAUACAGUGGUUAUACAGUAGUCAUGCAGUAGUCAAUAGUUGUUAUACAGUAGUCAUACAGUAGUCAUACAGUAGUCAUACAGUUGUUAUACAGUAGUCAUACAGUAGUCAACAGUUGUUAUACAGUAGUCAUACAGUAGUCAUACAGUAGUCAUACAGUUGUUAUACGGUAGUCGUACAGUAGUCAUACAGUAGUCAACAGUUGUUAUACAGUAGUCAUACAAUAGUUAUACAGUAGUCAUACAGUAGUCAUACAGUAGUCAUACAGUAGUCAUAUAGUAGUCAUACAGUAGUUAUACAGUAGUCAUACAGUAGUCAUACAGUGGUUAUACAGUAGUCAUACAGUAGUCAUACAGUAGUUUACAGUAGUCAUACAGUAGUUAUACAGUAGUUAUACAGUAGUUAUACAGUAGUUUUACAGUUGUUAUACAGUAGUCAUACAGUAGUCAUACAGUAGUCAACAGUUGUUAUACAGUAGUCAUACAGUAGUAAUACCGUAGUUAUACAGUAGUUAUACAGUAGUUAUACAGUAGUCAUACAGUAGUCAUACAGUAGUUAUACAGUGGUCAUACAGUAGUUAUACAGUAGUUAUACAGUAGUCAUACAGUAGUCAUACAGUAGUCAUACAGUAGUUACACAAUGGCACCGGGGGGGAUGGCUGCCGUUUUACGGGCUCCUAACCAACUGUGCUAUUUUGUGUGUUUUUUCGUGUUGUUUGUAACUUAUUUUGUACAUAAUGUUGCUGAUACCGUCUCUUAUGACCGAAAAUAGCUUCUGGAUAUCAGAACAGCAAUUACUCACCUCGAACUGGACAAAGAUUUUUUCUUUAAUGAGUCUGACGCGAAGGAAAUACUGUUUCUCCGACACAUUGGUUCGGCUGGCUUCCGGGUUAAGCGAGCAGGGUGUCAAGAAGCAGUGCGGCUUGGCAGGGUCGUAUUUCAGAGGACGCAUGGCUCUCGACCUUCACCUCUCCCGACUCCAUACGGGAGUUGCAGCGAUGGGACAAGACUGUAACUACCAUUUUGGAUAUCACGAAAAAAUAACAAUAAAUACUGUAAUAUCUUAUGUUUCACCGAGUCGUGGCUGAACGACGACACAGAUAAUAUACAGUUGGCUGGGUUUUCCAUUCAUCGGCAGGACAGAGAAGCUACGUCUGGUAAGACGAGGGGUGGUGGUGUGUGUCUAUUUGUCAAUAACAGCUGGUGCGCGAUGUCUAAUAUUAAGGAAGUCUCGAGGUAUUGCUUGCCUGAGGUAGAGUACCUCAUGAUAAGCUGUAGACCACACUAUUUACCAAGAUUGUUUUCAUCUAUAUUUUUCAUAGCCGUCUAUUUACCACCACAAACCGAUGCUGGCACUAAGACCGCACUCAACGAGCUGUAUUAGGCCAUAAGCAAACAAGAUAAUGCUCAUCCCGAAGCGGCGUUCCUAGUGGCCGGGGACUGCAGGCGAACUUGCAGGCAAACUUAAAUCAGUUUUACCUCAUUUCUACCAGAAUGUCACAUGUGCAACCAGAGGAAAAAAAAACUCUAGACCAACUUUACUCCACACACAGAGAUGCAUACAAAGCUCUCCCUCGCCCUCCAUUUGGCAAAUCUGACCAUAAUUCUAUCCUCCUGAUUCCUGCUUACAAGCAAAAACGAAAGCAGGAAGUACCAGUGACUCGCUCAAUAUGGAAGUGGUCAGAUGACGUGGAUGCUACGCUACAGGACUGUUUUACUAGCACAGACUGGAAUAUGUUCCAGGAUUCAUCCAAUGGCAUUAAGGAGUAUACCACCUCAGGCACCGGCUUCAUCGAUAAGUGCAUCGACGAUGUCGUCCCUACAGUGAUCGUACGUACAGUACCAGUCCAAAGUUUGGACACACCUACUCAAAUCCAGGGUUUUUCUUUAUUUUUACUAUUUUCUACAAUGUAAAAUCCCACUAAGCCCAAACCAGAUGGGAUGGCGUAUCGCUGUAGAAUGCUGUGGUAGGCAUGCUGGUUAAGUGUGCCUUGAAUUCUAAAUAAAUCACAGACAGUGUCACCAGCAAAGCACCCCCACACCAUCACACCACCUCCUCCAUGCUUUACGGUGGGAAAUACAAAUGCGGAGAUCAUCCGUUCACCAACACUGCGUCUCACAAAGACACGGCGGUUGGAAUUUUCACCAGUCUGAUGUCCAUUGCUCGUAUUUCUUGGCCCAAGCAGGUCUCUUCUUCUUAUUGGUGUCCUUUAGUAGUGGUUUCUUUGCAGCAAUUCGACCAUGAAGGCCUGAUUCACACAGUCCCGUCUGAACAGUUGAUGUUGAGACGUGUCUGUUACUUGAACUCUGUGAAGCAUUUAUUUGGGCUACAUUUUCUGAGGCUGGUAACUCUAAUGAACUUAUCCUCUGUAGCAGAGGUAACUCUGGGUCUUCCAUUCCUGUGGCGGUCCUCAUGAGAGCCAGUUUUAUCAUAGCGCUUGAUGGUUUUUGCGACUGCACUUGAAGAAACUUUCAAAGUUCUUGAAAUGUUCCGUGUUGACUGACCUUCAUGUCUUAAAGUAAUUAUGGAUUUCUCUUUGCUUAUUUGAGCUGUUCUUGCCAUAAUAUGUAUUUUACCAAAUAGGACUAUCUUCUGUAUACCCCCCACCUUGUCACAACACAACUGAUUGGCUCAAACGCAUUAAGAAGUUAAUAAAUUCCACAAAUUAACUUUUAAGAAAGGACACCUGUUAAUUGAAAUGCAUUGCAGGUGAGUACCUCAUGAAGCUGGUCGAGAGAAUGCCAAGAGUGUGCAAAGCUGUCAUCAAGGCAAAGGGUGGCUUUUUCAAGAAUCUCAAAUAUAAAAUAUAUUUUGAUUUGUUUAACACUUUUUUGGUUACUAAAUGAUUCCAUAUGUGUUAUUUCAUAGUUUUGAUGUCUUAACUAUUAUUCUACAAUGUAGAAAAUAGUAAAAAUAAAGAAAAACCCUGGAACGAGGAGGUGUGUCCAAACCUUUGACUGGAAGUGUACAUAUCCCAACCAGAAGCCAUGGAUUACAGGUAACAUCCGCACCGAGCUAAAGGCUAGAGCUGCCGCUUUCAAGGAGCGGGACACUAAUCCGGACGCUUAUAAGAAAUCCCGCUAUGCCCUCAGACGAACCAUCAAACAGGCAAAGCGUCAAUACAGGACUAAGAUUGAAUCCUACUACACCGGCUCUGAUGCUCGUCAGAUGCGGCAGGGCUUGCAAACUACAAAGGGAAACCCAGCCAUGUGCUGCCCAGUGAUGUGAGCCUACCAUACGGGCUAAAUGCCUUUUAUGCUCGCUUCGAGGCAAGCAACAUUGAAGCAUGCAUGAGAGCACCAGCUGUUCCGAACGACUGUGUGAUCACGCUCUCCAUAGCCGAUGUGAGCAAGACCUUUAAACAAGUUAACAUUCACAAGGCCACAGGGCCAGAUGGAUUACCAGGACAUGUACUCAGAGCAUGCGCAGAACAACUGGCAAGUGUCUUCACUGACAUUUUCAACCUCUCCCUAACCGAGUCUGUAAUACCUAAAUGUUUAAAGCAGACCACCAUAGUCCCUGUGCCCAAGAAAGCGAAGGUAACCUGCCUAAAUGACUACCGCCCCGUAGCACUCACGUCGGUAGCCAUCAAGUGCUUUGAAAGGCUGGUCAUGGCUCACAUCAAAACCAUCAUCCCGGAAACCCUAGACCCACUCCAAUUCGCAUACCGCCCCAACAGAUCCACAGAUGACGCAAUCUCAAUCGCACUCCACACUGCCCUUUCCCACCUGGACAAAAGGAACACCUAUGUAAGAAUGAUGUUCAUUGACUACAGCUCAGCGUUCAACACUAUAGUGCCCACAAAGCUCCUCACUAAGUUAAGGACCCUGGGACUAAACACCUCCCUAUGCAACUGGAUCCUGGACUUCCUGACAGGUCGCCCCCAGGUGGUAAUUGUAGGCAACAACACAUCUGUCACGCUGAUCCUCAACAUCGGGGCCCCUCAGGGGUGCGUGCUUAGCCCCCUCCUGUACUCCCUGUUCACCCACGACUGCUUGGCCAAGCACGACUCCAACACAAUCUUUAAGUUUGCUGACGACACCUCGGUGGUAGGCCUGAUCACCGACAACGAUGAGACAGCCUAUAAGGAGGAGGUCAGAGACCUGGCAGUGUGGUGCCAGGACAACAACCUCUCCCUCAACGUGAGCAAGACAAUGGAGAUGAUCGUGAACUACAGGAAAAGGAGGACCGAACACGCCCCCAUCCACAUCGACGGGGCUGGUCCAAGCACACCAAGAAAGUUGUGAAGAGGGCACAACAACGCCUUUUCCCCCUCAGGAUACUGAAAAGAUUUGGCAUGGGUCCCCAGAUCCUCAAAAAGUUCUACAGCUGCACAUUCGAGAGCAUCCUGACUGGUUGCAUCACUGGUUGUUUUUUUGUUUGUAUUAUCUUUUACCAGAUCUAAUGUGUUAUAUUUUCCUACAUUAAUUUCACAUUUCCACAAACUUCAAAGUGUUUACUUUCAAAUGGUAUCAAGAAUAUGCAUAUCCUUGCUUCAUGUCCUGAGCUACAGGCAGUUAGAUUUGGGUAUGUCAUUUUAGGCGAAAAUUGAAAAAAAGGGUCCGAUCCUUAAGAGGUUAAAUGCCAUGUAUUAAUAGUCGAGUAAACCUUUUUAAACAUUUAUUUGCCAAAUAAAGGCCACAUUUCUUUUUCUCAUGUUGGAUGCUUUAAUUGACACUUUUAUCAUAACCUGUAUGGCCUCUGUAUGGUUCUUUCCCAGGUGGGCUUGCCUGCUAAGUCUGGGGUGUCAGGAGCAGUUCUAUUGGUGGUCCCUAAUGUCAUGGGAGUCAUGUGUUGGUCUCCUCCGCUAGACAAGGUUGGAAACAGUGUCCGGGGCAUACACUUCUGCCAGGUAACCCAUUUACAUGUGAUGUAUGAUACAAUGACUGAAUUACUUGUACAGAGUGAGCACUUGCUUGUACAGAGUGAGAAAUGCUUGUGUGCUUCUUAUGAAUGUGUUUUGUCUAGGUUUUGAAUGUGUUAUGAAGUCCUUAUGUAGUUACCCUUUAAAUAGUAUUAACCAUAUGCAAAAUGCAUAAUGUUUUGGCCUCCUGAUAACGAUCUGCUUUUCUUUAUUUGUCUUUCAGGAGCUGGUGUCUUCGUUUAACUUCCACAACUAUGACAACCUGAGACACUUGGUCAAGAAGCAGGACCCUCGAAGGCAAGACGGGGAUGAUAGGGUAAGGGCUUUUGAGAGCUUUAGAAGGUAAACAUACCAACAAUUGAACAUAUUUGCUAAAACAUGAAUUGAGGUGGUGGUGUUGUCGUCUCCCAGUGUCCCACCCAGUCCAAGGUGUAUUUAUCUCUGCUAUAUCUGUAGAACAAGUCUGUGGUGAGCUUGAUGUUUGCGGCCUACAGUGGAGAUGUGUCAGCCCUCAGAAGGUAAAAGAGCAAAUCAAGGAGUCUGCAGAAGGAGGGUUUAUGUUUUACUUAGUUUCACCACGAAGUCACAUAUUGUAGAUGUCACUCUCUCUCCUAGCUACUAAUCCUUCACAGUAACUUAGGACUAACAUGUAGAAUAUAGCUAUAGUCUCCUAUCCUGUCCUCUCAGGUUUGCUCUGUCAUCGAUGGACAUGGAGCUGAAGGACUAUGACUCUAGGACGGCUCUACACGUGGCUGCUGGCGAGGGUGAGCUUCCCUCCACUGGUGGCAUUGUAUCUUCAAAAUGUUCUUACAUGUGAUGUUCUGGUGCCUCUAGGGUAAUUCAGAAAGCUGAUUAAGGACCUUAUUACUGAUGAAUGUGUUUGCUUUUUUAUGCCUGUGUUUUUCUUUCUGCUUGCAUUUUGUAUUUAUAUUUUGAUGAUGUGUAUUUUCUGUCAUUCAGGGCUCAUCUGUAUGACUCCCUGAUAAAAUAAAGGUUAAAUAAAAUAAAAUGUCUUAUAAUGCAUCAUAGUGAUGUUAUAGAUACUUAUGAGUUGUUAUUACAGCUUCUAUCGAGUGUUAUAAUGCAGUAGAAGUGUAUCAUAAGGCAUUAUGUGUGUGUGCCUCAUAGCAAGUGUUACCAGGCUAACGUACAUAUUUUGUGCUUUGUCCUCAGGCCAUGUGGAUGUGGUACGGUUCCUAACAGACGCCUGCAAAGUCAACCCCUUUGUGAAAGACCGGUACUGUAUUAUUCAUUCAUUCAUCCACCCCUCCGUCCAUCUAUAUCAAUCUCUACUGACGUUGCCUCCAACCUAACAACAUCCCUUAGCUGCUGUAUUCCCAGCCUCUCAUGCCUUAUUUCUCCAUCUCCUUCCUCGUUCUGUUCUCUGUGGCCGUUGUCUUUAUUGAGAGGUAGUUAUUUUUUAAUAACUUCUGACAUCCUUCAAUUAGCUUCUGUCUCAUCUCUACCACCUCCCUCCAGGUGGGGCAACAUUCCCCUUGAUGAUGCCAUGCAGUUUGGCCACGGUGCCGUGGUGAAGGUCCUACAGGAUUACCAGGUGGCCUGCCAGGAACAGGAGAGACUACCAGUGGCUGAUACCAUACCCAUACCCCCCAAACUAGAGACUGUAGAAGGCAUGGUGUGAUCAGGGGACGUAU